AUGGCUGUCGUGCUGUUGGUGUUGGUGUUUGGCCAUGUUCUUGCGCAGCCACAACUAUUACCAAUCCAACUUCCGGCCGCCGAGGCCCCGUUGGUCGUUAGCCAGAAUAUCGAUAUCAACAUUGACCUCGAUUUCCUGAAAGAUCUCCUCAAAAACUCGGACGAUGAGUGGAAAAAGAAUUGGGACGAUGAUAGUGAUGAGGAUUGGCAUAAGCAUAGCCAUCGGCACAGCCAUAGUCGAGGUGACAGCUCGGAAGAAGACCCUCCAAGACCGUGGCCCGGCCCGGGGCCCAGGCCCGCACCGGGACCCGGGCCCAGACCUGGACCUGGAACACAAUAUAGGUAUCGUCAAUGCUCGGCGGCUAAAGGCGGCAUCAGAGGUGGCCCGUGGAUCGUCCCGACGAUGAUGGCCGGCUUCCGGGGCCGAGAAAUCAGCAGCAACAUCCCAAAAUGCAAACAAGCCUGCUACCGAGCGCCCGGCUGCCAAGGAAUCGAGGUGCACGAAGGGAAAUGCUACCAAGCAUGGGGCCAGUGGAUCUCAAACCUUCCAAGGAGUGUCAGCAACAUCGAGUGGAAGGCUGAGAGCUGCUUCCUAGAACUUAAGAAAAGCCUGGUCGGAAUGCCGCGUUGGUAUAUCGUGCAGCAGGACAAGCAUGCGUGGAAUUUCCCGAAACCCCCGAACCCCUACUACCGCUCCAUGACGAUGAACAAGGAAAAUGGAAUGUUCUGCAUUUCGAAGAGCCAGGUGACGAGCUGUAAUCUGGUGCAGCUGUCGGAAAAAGACCAUCGUUUGUCGGUCGGGCUGGCCGGCACGAGGGUCGGAUACGUGGCCAAAGAGCAAGGUGAAUGCGGGGCCCAUCUGCCCGUCUGGGAGUAUCGCAGGACUAAUGGCGAUUAUGUCUAUUUACCGGCAGGCUUCCUCCCCAAGACAGCCCACACGAAAGUCGGCAGACUCUUCUACGCCUGGGUGAAUUAUGGCGAUCGAGUGCGAAAUCUCCGGAACUGUCAGCCCUUUGGCCCG